ACGGCGUUGCAAUUGUAAUUCACGGCGGUCUGCACAUCUUUGGUGUUUUUCUAUUUCUGGGUCGCAUUUCUCGGUUAUUCUUAUACCUUUCAAAAACUUUGAAAACCUUUGGUUACAGGCGUAGGUGUUCUAUAGCGUUGCUGUCGGACACUGCUGUCGCCCGGCUGCCAUUAUCAUGGCGCUCUACAAAGGGGUAGAUUUCCUAUGUACGGUUGGUCUCUGGGGUUUUCAAGCGGUGUCGGUAUAUACCAUUGUUGGCGCGAUCUUGCGAAGCGGCGGUGUCAAAGCGUGUUGUGGGUCAUCGGUUUCUUGGGUGCAUUAACAUCUGUACGACGCUGGGAUGAUUCUACGCAGUCAUUGGCGCAGGGUCGUUUUCGUUGGUCUCUUCUCCUUUUUCUCUUCGAUCUUUCUAGUAUCAUUUCUUCCUCGGGAGCUCUAUUCUCCUCAUACAUUACACGCCUCGUUUUCGAGGGCAGUGAAUCCUAGGAAUGGAAA